AUGAGAACUACGAGUGUCAUCUCUUUAAGUCCCAUUACGAACACCAGAUUAACCUUACAUUUGUUAAAUGAAAAAAAUAAUCUUUCAAAAGUACCAAAUGAAAUCUUGUAUGUUAUCAUGAAUAUGCUAAAUGGAAAUGACCUACAACACCUUUCCUGGACUUGUCGAUUCAUGUGUCACGUUGCGCGCAAAUAUCACUUUGGAAUAGUCUCUCCCGUGUGGGAACCGGCAGCAAUCUCUAAUUUCCACAAAUUUCCGAUCUCUUAUUUUAGGGAUGGCGUGUGGUUUAAUAACGUUUUUUAUUUACCGAUCUUCCAUAAGGAAUUUUCAACUUGUUGGAUGCUUGAUUUAACCGCGAGACCGAUCAAGUGGGAACAAAAACCUUUAAAAUUCAAAUUUACUUCCAAUCGUAAAUAUGAACCAACACGACAUUACGCUUCCGCCGCGAUCAAAAAUUUAAUUUACAUCUUUGGUGGUGAAAAUAUUAAUAACGGUGUGACUACAAACGUAUUUUAUGAGUUGAACGUUUAUACAUUUGAAUUACAGAUUUUAAACGAAAAUGAUGAAAAUGUUCCGAGACCCCGAAUGAUGCAUACACUUGACGCUAUAGGUAACCAUCGUUUGGCGAUGUUUGGCGGACGAAGUUCGAUUUUUAACGACGAUAAAAAAUUCGAAUUUGAUAGCAAAGACUUUGCGAUUUAUAGUACAAGGACAAAGAAUUGGACUUUUUAUAAUAAUGAGACGCCUAACAUCCCAUAUCGACGUUCAUUACAUAGUUCUUUCGUGAUGAAUGAAAAACUUUAUAUAUAUGGUGGACAACAAUCUAAAUCCUUCUCGAAUUCUUCACAAGUUCACGAUGACGAAGACGUUUCAGUUUUCGAUUUCAAUCAAGAUAAAUGGUAUAAAUUGUUAUCUCCUCCUGAUGAGGGGAAAUCCUUACCCAUGUUGCUCCCAUCUGAUUGGAUAAUGACAUCAUCCGUUAAUCAGAAAUCGAUACCAGGUAAAAGAAUGCGUGUCGCAAUGUUUACGUUGCAUAAUCGAAUCGCGAUACUCGGAGGUUCUAAGGAAAUAAAUUGGAACAACGAAGAAGAAGGUCGUCCAUGGGAAUUAAUGUGUUUUCUAUCGAAUGCUAAACAUACUUGGGAACAUAUACGAAUAAGAAAUUUACCACAGAUAGAAAUUUUAACGUUUUAUUGGGAAGGUUGGAAUAUUCUUGACGGAGUGUUUCUUAUCGGAAGAGAUACAAACGAAGGAAAACUCAUUAUGGGCUGGGUUAAAGAUUCGACAUAUUUUCUCUAA